GAAUGAUCGAAUUUUUAUUGAAAUAUGAUGUUAGGUUUUAUUGUUGUUUUAAAUGUAAGCUGCCUUGUGAGGGCUUUUGCCCUGAAAGGCGGCCUAUGGAGAGAUAUAAAAUAAAAAAUGAGGGGCUAAACCAGUUCCUAGAUGGUACUAUUGUACUGUCAGACGGCAGGUGAGAGGAGCACAUGGUUAAGCAGAGGAGUAGGGUGAGGUAUGGUGUCAUCCGCCCUCCUCUUAGCUCUGACUUUUUCUUACACCUGAGGAGAGUAGCUGAUGCUCAAGUAAACCUGCCUGAAACAUCAAGCCAGGUGAGUGUCUGAGACUGUUGUACCCACCCAAUUUGGAGGAAGUGUGUCAUCGGCACUUUGUAUGUGUACCUCAGAAGGAGCACAACAACCGCUGAAGGCAAUCGGUUUGGUGUGAGACCAGUGGGAACCAAGAGUGGUGGCUGCCAUCUGUUUUCAGUCUCUGAUUCCUGUCAUCCCCAGCCAGUGUUGUUCAGCACCAUGUGGGCUUCCUCUGGUGUCUGUGCUGUGCAAUGAUCCUGAUAUGUUUGAGGUACCUGUAAACGUUCCAGUGGAUACAGUGAAACUCCGGAUAGAAAAGACUGUCAUACGAAAGAUCCCAACUGAAGCCUUCUACUACCUGGUGGAUCUCAAAUACCUGUGGCUUACCUACAACUCUAUAGCAAACAUCGACACGAGCAGCUUCUAUAAUUUAAAACUGUUGCAUGAAUUGCGCCUGGAUGGGAAUUUGCUGUCGAGUUUCCCUUGGGAAUCUUUGGCUGAGAUGCCUAACCUCCGAACACUUGACUUACACAACAACCUAAUGACCAGUAUUCCUGCUGAGGCCGGCAAAUAUCUGAGGAAUCUCACUUACCUGGACAUAUCUAGCAACAAAUUAACCUCUCUGCCAUCAGACAUCUUGGAUAUCUUGCUUCCUUUUUCUGAAACAGGAUUGCCCAGAAACACAGAACCCAGGAAUGCAGACUCCAUAAUACAGAGGGUCAUAUUAGGCUUGCAGGACAACCCAUGGUAUUGUGACUGUCGGAUUUCCAAGCUAAUUGAAUUUUCCAAAAUUGUGGAUACCACCAUUUUGCUUCUGGACCCUUUUGUGGCUUGCAGUGGACCUGAGAGCCUGGCUGGGAUUUUGUUCCAAAGAGCAGAGCUGGAACAGUGCUUGAAACCAUCCGUCAUGACUUCGGCCACAAAGAUCACCUCGCCCCUGGGAAGCAACGUCCUACUGCGCUGUGAUGCAACUGGCUAUCCCACCCCACAACUCACCUGGGUUAGGUCAGAUAAUGUGCCAGUGAACUAUACAGUUAUUCAAGAAAGUCCUGGUGAAGGUGUAAGAUGGUCCAUCAUCAGCUUGACAGGCAUUUCCUACAAGGAUGCAGGUGACUACAGAUGCAAGGCCAAAAAUUUGGCUGGAAUGUCAGAAGCUGCUGUUACAGUCACUGUUGUUGGUGUUGUCACCACAACUGUUUCUCCACAAAAGUACGGGAAAAAGACUGGAGCAGACCAGCAAAACACCACCCAGGAAGAGGUCAAACAAGAAUCCUUAAAUGCAACCACCGCUUCUCCUUCAACAUUGCCUACAAGCACUUCUUCUCCUACAACAGUGGCUACCAGUGUAAGGCCUACAACUGACAGAAGCAGCGACAAAAAACCACCCAAGUCAAUGCCAGAUGGAAGAAAGAACUCCAAAUCAAAUACAAAUGGAGGCAAGAAACAACCAGGUGAUGUUAGCAAGAAGGAUGACGGGACAUCCCUCAGUGCAGCAGCAGGAGCUGAAAAAAACGGUGCAGUAAAAAACCUAAGAGUAAUUCCUGAAACUGACGAAAGAGUGACCUUAACAUGGAAAACUGCCAAUGUCACAAGCAACUCUUCUUUGACUGUGUUGUACUCAAAGUAUGGUGAGAAAGACAUGCUACCCCUGAGCACAGACCCCUUGAAAAACAAAGUCACCAUAGAUGGUUUGGAACCCAGCACACAAUAUAUGGCCUGUGUUGUUCCCAAAGGGACCCCACCUACGAAGGACCAAUGCAUCAUUUUCUCUACUGAUGGAAUUACUGUGGAAGAUGAUUAUCAGAUUCCCAUUUUGCUGGUAGCAGGUGGGGUGGCCUGUGCCGUUGUCUUACCGUUGAUAUUUUUCUUACUGUAUAAAGUCUUAAUGCUUCACAGGAAACCAAAACCUGUCAGGGAAGAUGACCUUGAAAAAGAGACUUAUGUCAAAUUUGAAACCCUUUCCCUCAAACCACGUUGUGUGGUGGCAGGUGGGGAACUUUGGGCUCGGCGGAACACCGAUGAGUCAGAAAGACUAUUGCUGUGUUCUAGGUCAAGUAUGGAUUCUCAGAUGACCUUCAAAAGUGAAGGCUCAAGGUCAGAGUACCUCUGUUGACUCUGGGUGUUCUGCGGACCAUCUGAAGAUCCCUACUGGGGAAUAGGGGAGUGACUGCAGCCUUGUUUCAAAUGCUGGAUCAGUGCCAGUUAUAAAAUGUGAGGAUUAAGGACAGCAGCAUUGAAUAGAAAUCAGAAUCAUCUUUGGUGGGACAUAUGGGGGGGGGUGCCUCUUUGAAAAGUGACAUUUUUGAACUUUUGUAUUAUUUUUGAAGCAUUCUGCCUGUUUAUAUUCUGUCUUUUUAUCAAUCUGCUCUUGUUCAAAUGGAAGAUUUUGUGUUAAACAUGUACCACCAGCCUGUCAAUUGCUAUCUAUGUUUCUUGUUUUUAUAUAAACUAAUUUUAGAUUAAUAGGUAUUAAAAAUACAUUUUUCAUG